ACACCAGUGAAAUCAGUGAAAAACCAAAAUACACAAAAUCAAAAGAGCAGAAAAAUAAAGCAUCACUACAAAAUAAUCAUGACGGCCGAAGUCGAUUUUGAUGCCGAUAAUUUCACCUCGCCAUUCGAUGAUGGUGACCUAAUGACAACACUGGCACCUGGAACAACUUGUACCUUAUUUGAUGGACAUCAGGGGAAAUGUGAUGCGGUGGUUGGAGUCAAGAAAGCAAUGGCAGCAUUGUCGCUGGUUGGGAGUGUAUUUAUGAUAGGAGUAAUCUGGUUAUUCAAGAAGCAUGUAGUGUUUGUACAGAGACUGAUUCUAUAUCUGACUAUCGCUGCUUUCUUUGACAGUACGGCGUACUUAAUGGCUAACGUUCAACCCGAUGGUCCGCUUUGCGACUUUGAAGCUUUCUGGCUGUCUUUCUGGGAUUGGGCCGUGUUACUGUGGGUUACCUGCCUCACUGUCAACCUCUUUCUCAUAGCAGUAAAAAUGAUAAGAACAGACCGAUAUGAAAUAUGGUACCAUGUGGUGUGUUGGACUACAGCACUAUUUGUGUCACUACUUCCAUUUAUUGGAGACAACUAUGGGCCAGCCGGGGCCUGGUGCUGGAUCAAGGAGGAAGCAACUGCCUGGAGAUUCUUUGUAUGGUAUGGGCCUUUGUUCAUCAUCAUCAUAGCAACAUUCAUCAUGUACAGCUACAUCAUCUACGUCUUAAACAAAAAGGUCAAGAGUUGGCAGGGUACAUACGAACCCGAGAUUGAAAGAAACAGACAGAUUCUGAAAGCUGAGAUUCGACCACUUCAAGCUUAUCCAUUUAUCUAUCUAGCUUUGUCUGUAUUCCCGCUAAUAAACAGAAUCCAGAAUGCUGUGAAGCCUGGUCAGCCUGUGUUUGCGUUGGUGAUUCUACAUGCUUUAACAUCUCCUUUACAGGGAUUGGUUAAUGCUGUAGUAUAUGGAAUGGAUAGAGAGACUCGCAGUAGACUCACAUGGAUGCAGAUUAAGAGCAAUUUCAUCAACCGUCUAACCAAAGACACCCAGAUCAAGGAGUACCCAUUACCUUCUGAAGAUGAACCCAGGGUCCAAGAUGUUCCUGCCCAAAUGGAAGGAAGCGACGAUAACUUGAGAUCACCGGCUGAGGUUCACAUCAGUGAAGGAUCGGCAGGUGGAGACGAUGUAAUGACGGAUAUCAAUCUAUCAGGAGACUCGUAAGAAGGAACUUGACUCUUAAAGAUGUUAAUUUGUUAAAUUUGCAUCAGGGAUAAAGAGUAUUAUUUAGUUUGACCCUUACACCGAUGUGUGUAAGUGCUGUAUACUCAGUUCUGUCCAGAGUUCUGUGAACAAAAACACAGGCAGUUUGAAUCUCAUAUUUUUUUGCAGCAGGUACACUAAUCCAAAUCAAGGCCCAAUUAAUGGCUCUGCUUACCGCUGAAUUAUGUGCUUACAAUCGCCAUUCUCUGCUGACUGUGCAAGCACCAGAUUUCUGCCUAGUAAAGUCGAGUAGGCACAGGCACAAGUACAAAUUCCCUGCUAACCUGUGAAAUAUGCUUGAUGUAAGCGCGGAAUUGCCUGCUUGCGCAAGGUUAGCACUGAUUCUUUGCUUUUGGUAAGCAGAGCCAUGAAAUAGGGCGCUGAAGUAUUGACCUUGAUGUAGGUAUCAAAGAUGCCCAGUUGAAAUUGGAACACCUUAAACACCUUGAUGUAGGUAUCAAAGAUGCCCAGUUGAAAUUGGAACACCUUAAACACCUUGAUGUAGGUAUCAAAGAUGCCCAGUUGAAAUUGGAACACCUUAAACACCUUGAUGUAGGUAUCAAAGAUGCCCAGUUGAAAUUGGAACACCUUAAACACCUUGAUGUAGGUAUCAAAGAUGCCCAGUUGAAAUUGGAACACCUUAAACACCUUGAUGUAGGUAUCAAAGAUGCCCAGUUGAAAUU